GCUCUCUCCCCGCCCCGCCCUUCCUGGAUCCCGAGACUUCUGCCCUUUGUGGACUCUGAAAGCGACGGAAGGGGCUGAGCAGCCUCAGCCGCUCCAGGAUUUCUCCAUCAUGAUAAUGAUUGAAAGUAUUGACUCCAUAGUCACAAUUUCCAGCCAGGACCUCUGGGCUGAAAUCUGUUCAUCCCUGCCACAUCCAGACAAGAAUGAUGAGUCAAGCAAUGCAUUUGCAGAUUCAUUCACAGAUGCUUACGUUCAUGCAGAAAGUCAGAAUGAGGUCAUGAACACCACUUUCCAAGAAAGCAUGAAGCCCUGGGCACCACUGAAGGACUCAGAUGCCUAUUUGGCAUCUUUAGAGAGAAGAUUGAUGAGAAUAAAGGGUUUGUCACAGGAGGUGACCUCCAAAGACAUGCUGCACACUCUUUCUCAGGCGAAGAAAGAAUGCUGGGACAGGUUUCUGCAGGAGAAGUCGGAGUCUGACUUUUACACGGAGGGAACUGAAUCUGAUGAGAGCACUCUGGAACACUUGAAGCGUUGGCUACAGCCCGAGAAAGUGGCCGUCAGCACCGAGGAAGUGCAGUAUUUGAUUCCGCUCGAGGCUCGUGUAGAGAAGCAAGAGACAGAAGAAGAACUGGUGAUGGCUGUAGAACAGUGAAGAAGUGUUGAGCUUUGCCUCCAGUCCGGGGACUGGUGGAGUUUCUUUUAAAGCAGCAAGAGGAGGGAAGUGCCACUGCUUGGUGUCGGUAAACCGCACUCCCCUGCCCCCCACCCGCUGUACUUCUUAAGUUUCAGUGGCUUUGAAGUUGCAGAUUUAAAUCUAGUCGUAUGUAAGAAUCUACUAAGAUGACUGAACAUAAAAGGCAGCGGAUAUAAUCUUUGGAUAAUGAGAUGGACUGGAGUCAGGGCAUGGGAGCGAAGAGUUCAUCCAUUUGCUUCGCUCUUCUCCUUUAUGGUCUCUUUUCUUUGGGUCUGCAUCAUUCCCAGAGGUUUUUGUUGUAUUCUUUUUGGAGGACUUGCAUGCACAUGGAUCCUGUAAACUGCAUUAUUUCAGACAAUUCGCCACCUUGCACUGCAAUGGACUGUGCAGAACAUUGUACUCUCAAAUUUCAGUACGUGGAAACAUUCAUUUCCUUACAGCAUAUAACCCCCAAAUGUACGACUUCUAAGACUGAAACUCAUUUGUAUCUGUUUUCCCAGCUUUUUUUUUUUUUAAAGCCCAAGCGUGCCUGUAUCCUUUCCUCUGUGAAGUGAAAAGCAACUGCGGGUGAAGUUUUGAGUGAUCUUGGCAACCUUGCUUUUGGUUUUAGGAAGAAAAAAAACAUUGGGGGGAUAAAAUACACACCACUACAUAUUACGUGCAGUUUCGGUCUUAAAGAGAUGAAGCGUCUUCUACUG